CUAGAAGGUUUGUUUCUCUUUCUGCAGCUGAAGGAGAAUGCAGAACUUCCCCUGGAAGAACCAGAGCUCCAUGUCUGAGUUCAUCCUUCUGGGCUUCUCCAGGGAUUCCCAAAUAAAUGCAAUCCUCUUCAACAUCUUUCUCUUCCUCUAUCUCUCUACACUCAUGGGAAAUGGGCUCAUUGUCACCUUGAUCCACCUGGACUCCCGCCUCCACACCCCCAUGUACUUCCUCCUCAGCGUCCUCUCCAUGCUGGACAUGAGCCAUGUCACAACCACUGUACCCCAGAUGUUGGUGCAUCUGGUCUGCCAGAAGAAAACCAUCUCCUAUGCUGGGUGUGUGGCCCAGAUGUUUAUCUUUCUGGUGUUGGGCAUCACUGAGGGCUGGCUGUUCUCUGUCAUGGCCUAUGAUAGAUAUGUGGCCAUCUGCUGUCCGCUCAGGUACACAGUUCUCAUGAGCUCCUGGCUUUGUGGGGCAAUGGUGGUCUCUUGUGGACUGUGGGGUGUUAGCUGUUCCCUAGUCUACACUAUCUUCACUAUGCACCUGCCCUACUGUGGCCCCAAUGAGAUCAAUCACUUCUUCUGUGAAGUCCCUGCUGUUCUGAAGCUGGCCUGUGCAGACACAUCCCUCAAUGACCAAGUAGAUUUCAUCCUGGGUUUCAUCCUUCUCCUGGUACCCCUUUCCUUCAUUCUGGCCUCUUAUGUCCUCAUCUUUGCCACCAUAUUGAGAAUUCGCUCAGCUCAGUGUCGAUUCAAGGCCUUAUCUACCUGUGCCUCCCACAUCACUGUGGUCACCAUGUUCUGUGGACCUGCCAUGUUUAUGUACAUGAACCCUGGGGCCAAUGCCUCCCCAGAGCGGGACAAGAAACUGGCCCUGUUCUACAAUGUCAUCUCUGCCUUUCUCAACCCCAUCAUCUAUAGCCUCAGAAAUAAAGAUGUAAAGAGGGCUUUCCUCAAGUUAACAGGCUGGGGCAGGGCCCCUGAGUGA